AGUUGACAGCAAGUAGGAGGGCUUUAUGGAGGGAGAAAAAAGACAACUCCAGAAAAAUUAGUAUUUCCUACCUUCAGAAAUUAAUGGCCAUGAGUUCGUACAUGGUGAACUCCAAGUAUGUGGAUCCCAAAUUUCCUCCUUGUGAGGAAUAUUCUCAGAACAGCUAUAUACCUGAACAGAGCCCAGGCUACUACAGUCCGUCGCAGGACACUGAUUUCCAGCAUCCCGGAAUCUAUUCACGGUCAAACUACUCUGAACAGCCUUACAGUUGUAACACUGUCCAGGGCUCGUCGGUGCAGCCGCGGGGUCAUGUGCAGGAUCAAGACAGCCACCCUAGCCCUUAUCCCGCACAGACAGAGCAGUGUCCUGCGGUCCAGAUAUCCGGACCGAGGACUUGUGGACAACAACAAAACACAAAGAGCCAGAACGGGAUAUCAGCCAAGCAGCCUGCUGUAGUUUAUCCAUGGAUGAAGAAAGUGCACGUUACAACGGUGAACCCGGAUUACACAGGACCGGAACCCAAGCGUUCUCGGACAGCCUACACAAGACAGCAAGCUCUCGAACUAGAAAAGGAGUUCCAUUUUAACAAAUAUCUAACAAGACGGCGUCGCAUUGAAAUCGCGCAUACCCUCUGUCUCUCUGAGCGACAGAUUAAAAUCUGGUUUCAGAACAGAAGAAUGAAAUGGAAAAAGGAUCACAAACUACCUAACACGAAAGGAAGAUCGGCGUCAGCUGGAAAUCAGCAUUCACAACACGCUCAGAAGGACAACCAGACAGAGAUCACAACUUUAUAAGUGGAUAUCUCUCCCUCCCUCCAGAUGUACAGAUGAACUGUAUGUAAUAGACAAUGCUUCUUUGACAUUGCAUGGUAGCGAAUCAUGACAUGUUGGGUACAAGUGCCAAAAACUGAGAACCAGAAGCACACACCAUGACUAAAUGCAGCAUAAAAGCUGCUAUGCGUUAAAAAAAAAUUUCAAUUUCAAUAUUUCCAGUAUUGUAACCCUUUGUAACUGAGGCAAAAGGGAUAUGAGGCAUCGAAUGAUGGUUCAAGUGCCACCACGAGGUACAGUAAAACGUUAGAAAGCUCACGCUAUUUUACACAAACUUGCCAAAUUUGUUUCAGAGCAUGGUUCGUUUUAGUGGCACUAUUCACACCUUUUUUAAAUAUCUGUAUAUCAACAGUUUCCUCUUUUUAAACGCAUUAUGGCAAUUAUGGUCAAUUUAUCUUAACUUAAUCAUUAAAGAGAACUUAAGUAAGUAAUGUCCAGCAUAUAGUAAAUUACGAAUGUCUUUUUUUUUUGUACUAAAGUCGACUGGGUGCAAGUAAUAAAAACAAAAUCAAAUUAGUUAAUAAUAAGGAAAAAAAAUCGUUGCCUGGGAAAUUCAUUUGUAGACUGAAAAGCUGAAGAAAUUUCCUUCUGAACCUCGUUUACUGUGCGCGCCUCAUUAAUGGUUUACUUUCUAAAAGAUUAUAUUUCAGUCAAGCAAUUGUAUCAUGUUCAUGUAAUUUUUAAGAAUUUCGUUAUAGACGUUUCUCAUUUGUUUACUGCAGCUUUUAAAAGUGUCCUAUUUAAUCGAGAAAUAUGUCUCUUUUUGACACGAAUAUUCCAUGCCUUAUAAUCCACUAUAAAUCUCGCCCGUCAUCUUUAUAAACAAUUUAGCUACAAUUGCAGAAGCAGUAUUUCUGUCUUCCAGAUGUUACCUGAAAUUCUUGAAAAGCAGCUUUUUAUUUUGCAUUUUAGAUACACG